AUGUGGCUUCUCCUUGCUUUCAUCUUGCUGGUGUCUGCAGCGCAGGAUGGUGACAAGGUGCUAGAAGGCGAGGAGUGUGUGCCUCAUUCGCAGCCAUGGCAAGUGGCCCUCUUUGGCCCCUUCAAUUGUGGUGCAUUCCUCAUCUCCCCUCACUGGGUGUUGACUGCUGCCCACUGCCAAACCCGCUUCAUGAGAGUGCGCCUGGGUGAGCACAACCUUCGAAAGUUCGAUGGCCCAGAACAACUGCGCUCUGUCUCUCGCAUCAUCCCACAUCCGGGCUACGAGGCUCGCACCCACCGGCAUGACAUCAUGCUAUUGCGACUUUUCCGGCCUGCCCGCCUAACGCCCCAGGUGCGUCCUGUGGCUCUGCCCACACGUUGCCCCCUCCUCGGUGAGGACUGCGUGGUGUGGUGGGGCCUGUUAUCAGACAACAGCCCUGGAGCCACAGGGAGUCACAAGUCACAAGUGAGACUCCCUGAUACGUUGCAUUGUGCCAACAUCAGCAUUAUCUCUGAGGCAUCUUGCAACAAGGACUACCCUGGUCGCGUGUUGCCCACCAUGGUGUGUGCUGGUGUCGAGGGCGGUGGCACGGACUCCUGUGAGGGUAACUCUGGAGGACCCUUGGUCUGCGGGGGUGCCCUGCAGGGCAUUGUAUCCUGGGGUGAUGUCCCCUGUGAUACUACCACCAAGCCUGGAGUCUACACAAAAGUCUGCAGCUACAUGGACUGGAUCAGGAAAAAUAUGAGAAGGAACUGA